AUGAUCGUCUAUCAAAGAAUUCCAACAGAUUUGAUCAUUAUACUGAUUCAUACUGUUUUUCAUGGAUCAUUUGAACAAUCCACAAAAUUGUGUGAAAAUAAUUCAUCGAACUGUGUUAAUGGUCACUGCAUUAAUGGAACGUGUGUAUGUAAUACAUGUUGGAUCGGGAAAACCUGUGAAGAACGAGUACAUAGAAUUCCAAAAUUCACUCAGACAGUAUUCACCUUCGAAACCAAGUUUUCUAACUGGAUCAAUGGAAGUCUGAUUGGUAGUCUUUCUCUGAGUGAUGAAAACUCCUCCUUAGCAUCGUGUGGAAGUGUUCAAUUUAACAUUGUACCUGAUUCAAACUACUUACCAGUAGCUAUCGAUGGAACAACUGGUAUUUUGAAAGUAAUUGAAAGUGAUUAUGAAACAAUGAAGAAUAAUCACACCAUCACUUUUCAAGUGACAGUAAGGAAUGCAAAUACUUCACUAAAUAUAUCUGAUGAUGCAACGGUCAACAUUUUAAUUGAUGAAGUGUAUUCUGACGAAGAAAGAGGAAGUGAAAUCACUGCAGUCAAGAGGGGCGUCAUAGUUCCACCGAAUACUAUCAAUGUCACAUUUUCCAGAGUAUACAUCCAGGACAAUCCAAAUUAUUGUCUAUUCGAUACAUGGUUUAUUGAUUCGGUAAUUGUCCUUCCACCUGGAAAUCAUAGUUUGAUCAUGAAAUUUUCUGGUCCGUCUCUAAAUAAUGUCUAUUACGGAUAUAUACAAUAUUUGUUUGCUUACUACAACGGUACAAAUAUAGCAAAUAAUUAUCCUGUGAAGUUUAGUAAUCUCACAUACUUGAACAAUAAUUCUUCGUCUUCGGAGUUCACAAUGACAAGUCAGAUAAGUGUUUCAUCCGCUCCUGCCAAUGAUUCAAAUGACUUCAGUACUAGGAUGCGAUUCCAAGUUGGUCUUUUUCCUCAAAUGUCGAUUCCACCAAUAGGUACCAAUUUAACAGUCAGAAUGGAGGCAUUGUUGACUCCAAAGAUUAUCGUAGAUAUUCCCAUGAGUGUUUCCUCGAACUGUCCGAUUCAAUAUGAUUCAGUUAACUUUACCAAGUGCCCACCGCAAGUGGAAGUAGGUGGGGUUUAUGAGUAUUCUGUGGACUACUUUAUAAGCAGACCCAUUGGCGAUUACGUGUUCACAUUCACGACUGAUGAGUUUAGUGCUUCGAUUGGACAUAUAUCUUUGACACUACCUACAACAUUCUCUACAUACCCAGAAGGUUACAAAAUAGAUACGCAACAAUUCGUUGGUGGUAACUUUGCACUGACUACCAUUGGCUACGUUAGUGUUUCAAAUCUACAAAAUCCAGGUGUUUAUGACACUACUUUGCCAAUGAUGAAUCGAUCAGUUCGUCUAACAGUUUUUAUUCAGAUAUAUAGACCAAGUUUGGUAUCCGUUAAGUUUGAAGCGAAAAUCUCACCAUUAGGUAAGAAUUCUACAGUGAAUUUUUGUGAGAGCCAACUCAUAGCAUUUGCAGGUCCUAAUUUGGUUGCGAAUAAUGUCUUGACAUUAAAGGAUACCUCAGUGGUGAAUCAAGCUGAAAAGUUACAAUUCUUUAAUCUUCAACUGAGUAUCCUGCCUUCUACGACAGCACUUUAUAAUAUUUAUAUAACUUAUACUGGUAAAAUAAAGGCGGAACCAUGUUCUGUGGAUUACUUGUUAACAGAAAAUAAUUCAACUAAGAAAAUCAGGCUAAUAACAGAAUACACUGUACUUCAAGGGCGAAGAACAACAGGCACAACGACAAUUGGUAUAUUUAGAAACAAUAACCCAUGGAAUGUUUUUUAUAAUUUCCAAUUCGCAGUGAAAUUAUGGUAUGAUACCACCUACGUCUUGGGUGAUACAAUACAAACGUACGUUCGGAUGUUUUCUGGAACACUAACUGUAUGUACUUUAGUUGUAACGCUUCCAGUAACGUCUAUGGAGCAACCCAUACCCACUACUCCUGUCUCUAAAACUCCUGUAGUUACCAUUGAAAAAGUCGAACCACGAAAUUCACAACCAACAGUAAACUUUAGUACAAUUGUAGAAGUUCGAGUGAAAUUCGUUAAAGACUUUGUCUACAUGCCGAUAACUUUUCAACUGCAAGUAAAUUCAAAUGAAGCAACUAUAAUCAGACAGAGUAUUCAAACAAUUGGAUAUCUAUUAAAAGCUGUAGCACUUGUGGCCUAUGAUUUUUCUGUUAAACCUAAUUUGGCUACAUUGCAAAUAAAUUCAGUGUAUUUCAAUGAAUCAUGUACAGAUGCUCAGUGUGAUAUUGCAAUGCGUUACUCGAUAGUCCCAAUUACCACAAAGCCUUUAGUAAUCACAUCAACAUUUACCUCUGGUGUAUCCAGUUUUACGAAAACAUUAACUAUUUCUCCACGAGCUAACUACUCUACUGUGUUGUCAUCAAGUCAGGCUCCAGGAGUUGAUCUAAUUUCUAUUGAUUCAAAAACAGUCAAAAAUCAAGUUAUACCGAACUAUUUAACAUCACUGAAGUUAACGCUAACUCUGAAACCCAAUGUAUGGCAGACGAUAUAUUUUCAACUUUAUGCUCCAGGUGCCUACCAAGAAUACAUAUUAGUCAAGCCAAUAAUGCUAAGCCAAUCAACAUCAUUGCCAUAUGUCAGCUCAGUUUCGGACUCUCUGGAAAAUAUGGUUUAUAUCAGUAUAGAUAAAACUUAUUACGAAGGAAUUGCAACCGAUCAAACGACUUCGGCAGCAAAUCAGUUGACUUACUAUAUCCCAAUGUUCACUGCGAAUUCUGUCAGACCACUGGUCAAUUUCACUUACAAUCUGACAGUCAAUUCAAUCUCUAUAUUUGGUAAUUUCAUAUUUACUACCACCACUCCAGCAGCAUUUACUACAACUCAUACAAAUACUUGGACGUUGAAUUAUCCAAGUGCCACUGAUGUAUAUAAACAAAUGUGUACUGGAGGACCGUUUGAAUUUAUAUUGAAUAUGUGUCCGUUUGAAAGACGUUGUUCAUUCUUUACAUAUUGGAUCAACAGAAUUGUGAAUGGUAGUGCAGCUCUUAAUGUUACAAAAGUAGAUGUAUAUAAAAGUGGUCUAGAUGUGUGGUUCUCAACCUCAUUCUCUAUAAAUUUGACAUCUGAACGUAGUUAUGUGAGAGUGGAUUACGGUCCAUCAUGCCUCAUCAAUCAAUAUGUUUAUUGCACGCAAUUUAAACAUACUCUUUAUUUAAUGGGAGAUUGCAAUGUGACAACGACAAUAAACUACGCUUUCCCAACAUUUGUUAAUAUCAGUGGGAGUACAAAAAAUUUUACCGGUCAGACUUUGGUAUUGAGCCCAAUACCAAGUUUCCCAAUAUACACCGACGUAAGCGAUAAAUGA